AUGGACAAAGACAAUUACCAUUUUCACCCAAAUCCUCCCUCACCGCCACUCUCAUCCCCAACCACCACCACCACUAACAUUAUCACCAUCAAAACCAUCCCUUUCUCUUUUUAUGCUGCCCUAUACACCAGCGAACUCAACGACAUUUCUCACCGUUCAUCUUCACGCCGCGACGGUGCCAUUUGCUGCUUCGAAUUCGAAGAAGAUGAUUAUGUUCGAACCUUGCCUCUUUGCUCACAAACCUUCCAUGUUGAUUACAUCGAUGCUUGGCUUCGUUCCCACACAAGCUGUCCUCUCUGCCGCGCUGGGGUUCUCUCUGUCGCUUUGCUGUUUGCUCCCAUGUUUGCUGCCAGGAUCCGACAAAAUCUUGACGCCGACGAAUAUGGCUCGAAAUCAGCAGGGGAAGUAAAGGAUUGGACCCUAGUUGCAAGGAGAAGAAUUCGAUUCGGUCGAAGGGGAGUGGAGCGCGGUAGAUUUCGAUAG